CACCCUACCAUUGUCCAUUGCUAGGCCCCUGGGGCUUUCCACCCUGGUGACCUUCUCUGCCCGUCCCUUCAUCCUUGCUCCGCUCACAUCUAACUGCCUCCCACAGGGGGAGGGUGAAGAAGCUUCUCUUGAGCCCGAAUGGCCUUGGUUGCCUUUAGCUCAAAGCAAUCUGCGUAUCACAGAGGCACAUCUUGGAGUGACUCAUUCUGAAUACGCCAAACUUAGUGGCUUCAAACACACAUUUGUUUUUUUACAGUUUUUGAAAAUCAGAAAUCCAAAAUGAGUCUCACCGAGUUAAAAAGGGGGAGGCUCUAGAAGAGAAUCCAUUCCCUGCCUUCUCGGGCUUCUGGAGGCAGCCCACAUUUCUUGGCUUUGGAUGCGAAGGAGGCUCGACUUGGUGCUGGAUCACAUCACCUUUUCUCCCUCUACUUCCAUCUUCACAUCUCUGUCUGACCUCACUGUCCCUCUCCUAAAGGCCCUAUGAGAAAACCAAGGAUCACAGAGGCUGGUGACUUGCUGAAGACCACACAGCCAAUAAAUGGCAGAAGCAGGACUGGAACUUGCCCACAGGAUGGAAACUGACUACCUGAAGAGGUGCUUUGGGAACUGCCUUGCCCAGGCACUGGCAGAGGUGGCGAAGGUUCGGCCCAGUGACCCCAUAGAGUACCUGGCUCACUGGCUUCAUCACUACGGGAAAAUCACUAAAGCACAGGAAGAGGGCAGGCAGGAGAAGAUCCAGCUGAAGGAGGAAUAUGAUAAUAGCCUCAAGGAAACCCAAAUGACAGAAAUGCUGAAGCAAGAGGAGUGUCAGAUUCAACAGGAGCAUGAAAAGUGUCACCAGCCACUGGUGUCUGCAGCUAUUUCCACAAAGGAGACCAUAUUCAUGCAGGAGAACACAAAAUCCCUUGAAAAUGAGGCCUGGAAGCAGGAAUGCCUGCCAGGUACCGCCAGUAAGAUUCCAGAAAUGCCUCAACAGAUUCCUUCUUCUGAUUCACCUGGCCAGACUGACGGGAGUGUCAAAACUCCACCAGAAAUAAAUUACUAGGCUUUUCAGCAUGAAGUGCUCCUGAGACGCAUCAUGACUCCCAAUCUCCUUCUUAGGUUAUCAGAAGGUGGAUAAUUCUAAUGAUGCUUCUCUCAAAGCUGCAAGCCGAGAACAUGGCCAUCCAGAAGAGCUCUUACCUAAAGAAAAUAUGUGGAUUAAAUCCAGAUUUGAGGGGCUGUAGGUGGAGGUGUCUGCAAGGACUCUCCAGUCCAAGUCCUUUUCUAUAGCCACGAACAUUCCUUAAUCAUGUGAAAAUUUGAACUA